CGACGAAUCCUCCCCGCUCCUUCUUUUCCCCUUUUCUUUUCGGCAUCUCUAUCCCCUGUUCGCUUCCCCCGGUUGUUUGCGGUGUCUCUUGCUUCCCCCUUUGGGUUAUCCUGUCUCACCGUGAUGAGAAGGGGAGGCCUUACUAGACGGCUAUUGCUGCGCACACCGUCUUUUGCCAUCUGUUUGGCACCCCCGGUUCACGCGGGUGCGAGCAUCCUCACCGCAAUGAUGGAUCGAAGGAGAAGGAGCUGUCGGUGGCUGGGGGUGGGGGAGGGGGAGGGGGGGCUCACCAAGCUACAGAUGGAAUGGGAAGUUGGCCAGCAUCGUGAUGUGUUUGGGGGGGGCAUCGACGCUUGUCACUGCCCGCCGAUAUCGACACUACUGGAGACCUUUCUUAUGGAGUUGGGUCAUCCUCGUAUCUCCCAAGCAUGGCAAGUGCCUCGCUACCCCCCGGUAGACUCUUUAGUAUUGCGAUUUUGGGAGGACCUCCCCGAUAGUUUGCAAGUUAUUGUCCACCCAAGCGGUGUCCUCCCGAGACUAUCCCUCUCCCGCCCUGUCAACUCGGGUUGCAAAGCAAGGCCCUGCGCAGUGGGCUAGGCCCCUGAGACUAGGCUUCAUGAUUACUGACUCUCGUGCACUCUGAGCGAUGAGCAGACAAUAAUCGAUAAGGGCCUCAGCUUUCAAGCACAUAAAUAUAGAUAACCGGUUUUACCUCAAGCAUGGAUCGUGUU